AUGAGGCCAUGGUUUUACAUUCGGAAGCUUCGGCCUUUGUUAUACGUAAUGGCUGGACUUUGGUUGCUCUCUUCGGUCCAGCAAGUGUCGGACAUAGAAAGCAAAGGGUUUCUGAGUGGCGGAUUAUUGAGACCCAGAGUGAUGCGUGCUCUGAAAGAAGUCCCACCGGAAGUGAUGUCAUAUCGACGUGAGUUUAUGAGAAGUUAUCCGUUACAGGUAGAUUUACUACCAUACGUAAUGGAUAAAAUAACAAACGGUACUGAAAUUCCUUUUAAAAAGCAUUAUCCUCAUAACUACACCUAUAUACACAAACCAGAAAAAUGUAAGUUUUAUAGUCAGAAAGGAGCAAGGCUCGCCAUCUUGGUGAAAUCUGCUGCUCAGAACUGGUAUCGACGUCACACGGUACGGACCACAUGGGCUAAAGUUCACCCAGGCGUUAUAAAAGUAGUUUUUUUAGUUGCGUAUAACAAAUCUGUACAGGGUAUGAUCGACUACGAGGCAGAUUUCUACAAAGAUAUCAUUCAGGAAAAUUUCCAGGACGCUUAUUUCAACAAUACACUAAAAACUGUCAUGGCGUUCAAUUGGGCGAUGGAGUCUUGUGCGGAUGCAAACUAUUAUCUCUUCGUGGAUGACGAUCACUUUGUAAAUGUUCCAGGACUGGUGCAAUUUAUAAAAAGUCUAUCACGUGAUACACAGGAAAAUUUAUUUUUAGGAUUUUUGAUAUCAUGUGGAGAGCCAGAAAGGAGUAAAACAUCAAAAUGGCAGAUAUCUCUUGAACUUUACCCUUUUGACCUUUGGCCCCCAUAUUUAGCCGGCGGUGCUUUCGUGACUUCAUUCUCUGUUGCACAGAAGAUGCAAUUAGCCUUUCCGUAUGUAAAACCAAUAGGUAUAGACGAUGCUUAUCUAGGAAUGGUGGCUAAAAAACUGUCCAUCAGGCCGAUGGACAGUGUAAAUUUCCACACGACCGGACCAUAUGCAUCGUACGAGUAUUUUAUUCACGGGAAAUUAAAAUCCAACAAAACCGGACAAAAAUCACACGGCGUUUUUUCACUUCCGAAAACAGAAUGUAUAUGA